GUUGGUCUUUCCUAAUGGACUUCCAAAUGAAUAUUCUCUAGUAGCAACAUUCAGACUGAGAAGAACCACUAAAAAAGACCGCUGGUACCUCUGGCAAAUUGCUGAUAAGAACGGCAGCCCACAGGUAUCUAUUGUUUUAGAUGGAAGUAAAAAAGUUUUAGAAUUUACAGCAAUGGGUCUCCUGAAGAACACACUCCAUUACACCUUCAAGAGUCGAGAUCUUCAGUCUCUGUUCGACCGGCAAUGGCACAAGCUGGGACUCAGCAUCCAGUCCAAAAUAGUUUCCCUUUACAUGGACUGUAACCUCAUUGAAAAAAGGCUGACUGAUGAGAAGGACUCAAUUGACGUUGGAGGCAGAACUCUCAUCAUGACUCGGAUUGAAGAUGGUAGGCCAGUUGAUAUUGAACUUCAGCAAAUAACAAUUUACUGUGAUUCGGAAAUGGCUGAACUGGAAAACUGCUGUGAAAUACAAGGUGCUACGUGCCCACCAAAAGUGCUCUCUGCCACAAUUCCUUCCCUGGUUACCAGUCACCUUCCCAGAAUGCUGUCACAGUCUGCCCAUUUAACAACUGACAGGUGUCAAUGUUCUGCAAACAAGGGUGAGCAAGGCUUACCAGGGAUAUCGGGACUGCCUGGUCAAAAAGGGGACAAGGGAGAAACAGGUGAAGAUGGAUUUCCUGGAAACCCUGGUAUGAAGGGUGACAAAGGAUCUGAUGGUACUCCUGGGAUAAGAGGCCAGGCAGGGCCACAGGGAGAAUCGGGACCUGUGGGUAAUAAUGGGAUCAAUGGUGAAAAAGGUGAAAAUGGCGAGAAAGGGGAAUAUGGUCCUGCAGGCAAACCAGGAAAAGAA